UUCUCUAAUCUGUUGUUUAGGAGUACUUUGGUCAGCAAGGAGCCGGAGAGCAUGCUCGCUCACAUGUUCCGUGAGAAAGAUGUUUGGGGGAACAAACAGGACAAACACGGGGCUUACCUGAUCGACCGCAGCCCUGAAUACUUUGAGCCCAUUCUCAACUACUUGAGACACGGUCAGCUCAUCGUCAAUGAAGGAAUAAAUAUGCGAGGGGUCCUGGAGGAGGCGCGCUUCUUUGGAAUCGAGCAGCUGGCUGAACAGCUGGAAGCAGCAAUCAAGAACUCCCAGCCCCCCGAGGACCACUCACCCAUUUCCAGAAAAGAGUUUGUUCGUUUUCUUUUGGCGACUUCUACCAAGUCGGAGCUCCGCUGCCAGGGUCUUAACUUCAGCGGUGCGGAUUUGUCCCGACUUGAUCUACGUUACAUCAAUUUCAAGAUGGCUAACCUCAGCCGCUGCAAUUUGACGCAUGCUAAUCUGUGCUGCUCCAAUCUGGAGCGGGCUGACCUUUCCGGAGCCAACCUGGACGGUGCUAAUUUACAAGGAGUCAAGAUGCUCUGCUGCAACGCUGAGGGAGCCUCUCUAAAAGGAUGCAACUUUGAGGAUCCAUCCGGACUGAAGGCCAACCUCGAAGGUGCAAACCUGAAAGGAGUUGACAUGGAAGGAAGCCAGAUGACGGGCAUCAACCUGCGUGUGGCCACUCUGAAAAACGCUAAGCUGAAGAACUGCAACCUGCGGGGGGCCACUUUAGCGGGGACAGAUCUGGAGAACUGCGACCUGUCCGGCUGCGAUUUACAAGAAGCCAACCUGAGGGGCUCCAACGUGAAGGGCGCCAUUUUCGAAGAGAUGCUGACCCCGCUGCACAUGUCUCAGAGUGUCAGAUAACUCGGCUCUCCUCUCUCAUGAUCUUCAGCGUGUCACUCAGAGCGUUCCUCCUCACCGUAUCCACGGUUACCGUUCCCCUCCUUAAAGGCGACGGCGCGUGCGGCCCCUGGCAUUCCGACAAUAUUAUUUCAGCUUUAAUUAUCUUGCACUAGAACAUUUCCAGGGUCGACAGUGUAUGUUUUUAUACACAUCCAGCUGCAUUUAUCACCAAAACUAAAGUAAUCUUCCUCAUCCGUGUGGCGUCUGGAUGUAGUCCAGUGAUUCUGCUUGUUAAAUGUGUCAUGUAAUUUUGUAUUUAUUUUAUUUUACUUGACAUGUUGAUAGUUCAAAUCAGAUUACAUGUGAAGGGGUUACUCUACUAUACUCUGUCCGUAUAUAAAGGACUUCUGCUUAAGGGUGGAACUGAGCAUUCCUGGAUUUAACAAGCAAUGCAAGCCAAAGCCAUACAGCACCGCAGCACAGGCUGAAAGGCUACAGCUGCUUAAAGUGCUCCACAAAACUAUGCUACAGCUUGAUUAUGCAAUGUGCGAUGUAGAGCUGUAAGGUUUCCUCGUUGCUUCUGUUUGUUUAGUGCUCUGUGAAUCUACCUCCUCUAUGGUUUAAGCGAUCCACCGUCUUAUGCAUGUUAAUGUUGCAUGGCUUGUUGAAUCGUUAACGUGUGUUUGGAACCGUGCUCCACGUGCUCCCAUCAUCUGAUCAGGCUUCGAACCUGUUUGCACACGUCC